AGCAUAAGCUGUGAGGCAACUCAAGAGGACGCCUUUGGGUGGGGACCUUGCUGUUACAGCCCAGUACCACAGGGAAGUGCCAUUUCAGAUUUUCUUGUAUGGACAGGACACUUCAAAAGCUAGAGAAGCCACCUGAGGUCCCAUGAAAUCCAGAACCAUCUACUUAUAAAGUGCUGUUGCCUCUGACUAAGAACAAAAAUUGUUGUCGGAAUAAUAUGCGAACAGAUCAUGAAGAACUCUGUGGCACCAGUUAUGGAUCUUUUUGUCUAAAUGGAGGGAUUUGUUAUAUGAUUCCUACUGUAUCCAGUCCAUUCUGCAGGUGUAUUGAGAAUUACACAGGAGCUCGUUGUGAGGAAGUUUUGCUGCCCAGCAUCAAAUCUCAAACAAAAGGUGACCUGUUUGCAGCUUUCUUGGCUUCCCUUCUUCUUCUAGGAGUUCUUGUAAUUGGAGCAUUCUACUUCCUUUGCAGGAAAGUUUCCAUUACAAGGACAAGUUCUUCAGAGUGUGGUGCCAACCUAGUUGAAACUACAAGCAGCAAUGGCUGCAACAAAAUAACAACAGCCUAAAGCAUUAGAGUAGAAGAAUGUUGGGGAAACAACAUGCAGAGCAACCCUAAGAACCUAAGUUGUAGAAUCUAAGCUGAAAUGAGAGAAGAAAGUUGACUGAAACAGGAGGCUGACAUGUUGGAGAAGACUAUGUCUACGACAGUUGCACUUAAUGGAGUUUCUAUGUACUUUUAAAGCUGUAUUAAUUAUACAGAAAUCAUUAUAAUUUAUGCUUGAAUUCUGUGAGAUUUUUUUAUGGUUUUCAAUAAUGCACAGGUAGACACAUAAUUUUGGGUUUUACUAUAUGGGAAAUAAAUAAAAUACAGUAUUUUUUUCACUGCACAGAGAAUAGGAGAUAUUACAGGAUUUUAGCAUGAGGUGAUACCAUGAAUUUUUGAUAGGGGUUUUUCAUUUUUCACGUGAUUGCCCCAGAGGAGCUGAAGCCUGACUUGAUUCAAUAGCUUCAAAACUUAUAUUAGUGAUACAUGUCCAGAAUUUGGCUUGGUUCAGAUACCCUUACUAGAAGCAGGGGAAAAACCUCUACCUUUCUCACAGCUAAUACUUACAUUUUUGGUUUUUUUAAAUUGUAACACAACAUCAGCACAAGGUACCAUUGACAGUUUAUUGCCCAGCUUCCUGGCACAUGAUUUUAAUUCAAAUUAAAGGGAAAUAUUAAGAAAAGAUAUUGAUAAUGGUUUAAAAAGUUUUUUAGGCAGAGUUUGGUGUACAUUCCUAAUAUUAAGCAAGAUUAUCUUCCUUGAUGGUUUUAAAUUUUAUCUGGCUUUCUUCUGAAAUUUUCACUACUGAGGGAAAUUCAAACCUUACCUUGAAUGUUCCAGUUGAUAUUUCAGAUAGCAGAAAUCAGGAAUUUUGUGCGUCAGGUCAACUUUUGACACAAAAUAUUAUCCAGACAGGUGUCUUGGCUGAAAAAAUGCUGCCCUCUCCAAAGAUUUAUUUCUUUUAUUCACAUAAGCAUCUGUUGAUCACACUGAUAUAUUAUAUACCACACUUUGGUCCUUUAUAGGAUUCUCUUACUCAAAGAGAGGCCACCUGCCAUGUCUUUUUCUUUUUUGCCUUCACAACACAAAGAGAAUGUCUGGUUAGUCAGAGGCAUAGAAAAUGUGAACUGAACAAUUUUGUUUUCAACUUAUUUCUAGCACUAGGGGCUGAAACCAGCAAAAAAUCAGAUACUUUUUUCCAUAAUGGCACGCUACCAAGCAGGUCAUUAUAUGGGACUUAUAAAGUUGUAUUGAAGGGAAGAUCAGUUGAGAAAAUUCAGGAAUUGAAAGAAGAGAAAAUUCAGAACAGAGAUUUAUCUCUGAAGGAAACAAUCUGAAGAUGUAUAAAAACAGGUGCAGAGAAAAUGUUGAGUAAGCUCCUAUUUCUAGGAUGUCAACUACAUGCUCUACAAUCAGAAAAAGCAGUGUGUGCUUUUUAUCAAUGUAGACAAAAGCACAGAGGGAUGGGGAAGAAAAUGCACAUGGGUACAGUGCAUAAGGUGAGAAUUCAAAGAGAAAUCGCCUUACAAUGGCUACUAGAACACAAACCAUUACCUUCUGAAAACUCCUGUCAGAGAGGUCAGAGUCCAAGUUAGUGCUCAGCAUGUGAAAGGAGAGUCUGAGGGCACUAAAUCAGGUAGAGGACCUGAUCCAGAGACUAAGUUAUAUAAAGCACUGGAAGAUCACUUUCUCCCCAGAUUAACCAAUCUUACAUGUUAUUUUCUGGAUUUCAAAUCUUUAGCAGAUAAGCUGAAGGAAGCUGAUAAUAUUGUUUUAAAGGCUAGGAAGGAUAAAAGUUAUUUUUUCAUCACAUAGGGACAGGCCACUGUUGUACAGAGUUGAGGAGAUGUGUAGCAGUACUGACAGCUACAUCAGAAUCAGCGUUACCUGAAGUAUUUUGUACAUCCUCAGUGAAAAUUAAUCAGAGAUGACAGCUGGUAGAUCACUUUGCUGUGUUAUUGAUCAUGAGACAAUCAGGCUUACAGUUUGGUAUACUGUCUCCACUGAAGAAGGAAACAGCUUGUGGUCAUCUUAACUGGCAAUUCAGGAAUGAGACACUAAUAGAAAAUGUAAGAAAUAAAUGGACUGAAGUUAUUGUGUAUAAGCUCUUAGAAUCCUUUCAGCUUUCUAGACAGACAUGGAAUAAUUAUUCACUGUAACUGGGCUUGUUUGCAUUAUUUGGGAAACAAUCUGUACAAAAAGUAGGGCUGAAUAAAUGGACCCCGUGUUUAAAAGUGAACAAGCUGAUUUAUGAAACACUUUAUCUGUAAAAGAAAUGCUAUUAGCAAUUCAGACUGCCUCAAACCCACUGCAUCUAAGAACAUUUCAGCUUCUUAAAUUACUUCAGUUCACUAACUUUGUGAUUAUGAUGUUCAAAUCAAAAUGACAUCAUGCUACAAAUUCAUUUUAAGGUGGUCAAAUGCCACAGAAAGUACAGGGUAGCCAACAUUAUAUAUAAUUUAAUAAAAUAGUGCAACACUUUAGCAAUGAUUGCUUACAAAAUUAAUGAAGUAGUCCUGUGAGCAAUUAAGCAAACCCCAGUUCCAAUGGAUCAGAUCUUGUGGUUGGAGUCACUGGAGUCUUAAAAAUUAUUACAUGUUUAUGAAAGGGUGAGUAAUAAGGGUCCUCACCUGUCUGACUCCCAUUUUCAUGAAACAUAAGUUCUCAUGCCUUUGAAAUUACCUUUACACCAGCUGAAAGGUAAGAAAUUUGUUAUGUAGGGAAGAAAUUGGAAAAGACUAAUUUCCUAACUCCAUUACUGUGAUUACCCAACAAUCUAUUAGAGUGUUAUGGUAAAAAUUCUUUUAUACCUGGGGAUCAUGUUAUCCUGCCAGAACCUUGUAGUAAAAGUCUCUUCAUAAUGUAUUGCAAAAAUCUUUUGGUCACUUGCAGAACUAAGAGCCAUUAGCAGGAAAUUUCUUUAUAGACCUGUAAGUGAGAGGUUGCUUCUAUGUUACUCAACAUAGAAUUAUUUUUCAUUACACUGGAGCAAAGUACAGUUAAAGUUACAGUUAAAGAAGAAAGUCAAACGGCUUUUCAGAGAAAAUGAGGAUUUCUCUGUGCUGCAUAGUCUUUUGAUUUAUAAUGUUAAAUAUUAAGGAGAAAAAUCAACAGAAGUCCAUUUGGUAGCACUCCCCGUUUUAAAGAUAACUUCAGUGUUGUGCAACUCCUUCAAAAUUUACUGCACUAAAAGAAAACUUUUUCCUUCUGGCCCUGAAUUUUUGAAAAGCUGCAGAAAGGCUCUGAUUGUGUAACUCGGUUAUUUGAAAAGGGAAAGCCAAGAAGAAAUGCAGGAUAGAACUUCUCACAGCAGAAAUGGUCAUUAUUCUGUGUAAGUUAUCUGCUUAUGCUUAUCCAAGCCUGCUUUUGCUCUCCUGGUGACUGUAGCCUGUUCAACAUAAUCUGUAUGUAAGGCAAGAGAUCCAUUUGGUGAUAGCAGAGCAGGCAAUACAAACCCUGUGAAAUACCAACAGUCAGGCUGCUGCUCAGUUCCAUCUUUGACAUUAAUACUCCACUAAACCUUUCAGCAGGAACCAUUUCUAGACCUAGAAAAGGCCGUGAGAACAGAACCUACAGCUGCAGAACGUGAAAUAACAAGAAGAUACUGCUGUUUUCAUCCCCCAAAUUAAAGCCACAACCCAUUUUUAACACUUUUUAAUGCACCUCUAUGUCAGUUUCUGUAGCAUUUGUAAACUCUUUUCUCAAUAUGCAUUGAAAGAGACUAUUUUGAAAUUACCCUUUCAAUGCAAGUAAUGGUAUUUCAUCUAAAACUUUUGGGCAGGCAAACAAUGGGCUGUAAAAAUCUGGGUAAGCUUCCACUGGUAGAGUUUUUUAAGAGGGCUGGGUAACUUGAAUCUAUGUUGUAUACUCUCUAUCACAGAAUCUGCUUCUGUGUCAACCAUUCAGUCAUUUUCACCAGUUCUGAAGAUUCUAGGAGAGUUCCUCUUUUGAGAGGAUUAUUGUUUGCCAUAUUGACAACUCAUCUAAGAUGUGUUUAUUUAAAAAAAAAGCCGUUUCUCACUCUCAUAGCUGUGAAAAUUUAUCAUGGAAAGGUGACAUGACCUGCCACUGAUUCAGUGAUGUGAAUCUCUGAAACAUUUGAGAAUUUUGUGCUAUCUGCUAAUCUCAGAGAAAAUAUAUCUAUGAAAUGUAAUGACAAUUUACAUUGUAUUUUAAAAGCAUAUAGAAGCAAAAAUCCAAAUGAUUUGGAAUAUUUUUUUUUCUCCUAAAUUAUCAAAGCACUUGAAAAAAAAAAUCAAAUUAGCUAUUUCUCUGCUGAUAAUUCUAAGUAUCCAGGUGACAUCACUUUCAAAUAAUCCAAACCUAUUCUAGGCAUUUCCUUUGAGUUUCCAAUUUCUCACUGUAGCUAUAUGUUCUCUUUAGAAUAAUACCCCACACUGCCCUGAAGUGCUGGUAAGCAUGAAAUAUUCAGUUAAAAGGCCCUACAAUGUUUAAACUUGUAUUUGUUUGACCUAAACCAGUAGUACAGGAUGUGUACUACUGCAAUGCACACCGGCAGCAGAAGUGAGCUUGGUUUACCUCACUGCACACCUCGGAGCCUGCAGUUCAGAGCCCCCUGAAGGCUAAUCCGGAGUCCUGCUGAAACAGCCUCUCCUGGAGUUUGUCUGGCUGAGAAAUGGGCUCAGCAACAGGAAAAACUGCAGAUAAUAAUUAGACUCAACUGUGUUAUCUGCAUUUGUGUGCAGAACAUACAACUGCUUAUAAAGAUUAAAUGGAUUUUAGUGAUCUACCACAGAUUCAAAAAGUAAAAAAAAACCCAAAAACCAAAAACUCCUCUACUAUGUAAUCAUGAAAAAUAAUCAGAGAGUGGAGGAAAUCAUUAUUUUCUUAAUGUUUGCAGAGUGUUCAGACUAUAAGAGGUCUUAUAAAAGAUCAUUUAAGAUUUGUACACUUAAGAUCUUUGUAAUUUCUAACUAUGCAAACUUCUACACUUCAAAUGUUAUUUUUCUGUACCAUUCUGUUGAGUAAAACAGAAGCAGGUAUCUGAAUGACAAAUGCUUUUUGCUUGUUCUCUCAUGGGGCCAAACAUCAGAAAACUUAAUUCCUAUUUCCGAUGUGAAAGCUAAGAACCCCCACCACAGAGUUACUUCUAGUAGAAAGAAGAUCUCUGUUUUUAGAAAAAGAAACUAAGAGGGGGUAAACGACUCUGAGUGAGUUUUGAGGUAAAUUUUUAACCAAAAAUUAAUUCAGAAUCAUAUGUAACUAUUUGUUCUUAAAAGUUCUGCUCCUUUUUAUCAAUUUAUUCUCGCUUUAUUACAAGCACAUGUUACAGAAACAUCCUAUAAUGAGAUUUUUGUGGAUAGUAACUUUAAAAUAAAAGUUGCAGAAAUAGCUUUAUGUUUGGUAGUUGCUACUUUGGUUGUGUGAGUACAAGGUUAUACAUCAUACUGCUUGCCUAUUAUUUUUUGUGUUUCUGAAACCUAGAGAUCAAUUAAUUGAAUGAUGCAUCAAGAACAAAUGUGCAGCAAAACAUUCAUAUUCAAAACACUGGAAAAAAGAAUGUCUUUACCUUUUGUCAGCAAAACUAUCACUCCUCCCUGCAGGUCUUGUGACUUUGCAAGUUUUACUUUUUUUGUAACAAAAUCAAAAUCCAGUUGUGGUCACUUAGGGACUAUUCUCUUGUUGGAAAGAUGUUACUGUCAGCACUGUAACUGCAGAUAAACCUUAAUAGACAUCUUUAGAGCAGUCCUGCUAUUCACAUUUAUCUCAAUCACUGAAUACUAAUUUAAGUAACUACCCAUUUUAAAACCCCAUGCUUGCUUCUUUUGAGUGAUAGAAGUAUAAAUUUUAGAAGUGCAAAACUUUCUAUCAAUCAUCUCUGCUUUUUUGUACAUGCACCUUGUAAGCAAUUCUACUUGGGAUUCUCUCAGGAGUUGUGGUUGAAGAGCAAGUAACAGCAUGGAGGCAAAAUGAAUUUGGAUAGCAAAACACUUUAAUCACAGAUGUUGCAAUUUUAUCACACCACUUCCCUUUCCCAUGGAAGGCAUGAUGUGGCCUGGGACAGACAGUGUAGUGGUUUCAGCCAUGUGCAUGGUUGUAGGAUAUUGUGGGCUCAUCCCCACACUUCUUGAUGCUGGAGGGAAGGAUUCCUGGAUUCUGAUGCAGACCCCCCUCACACCCCUCCAUCCCAUUUUCUGUCAUAUGUUUACCUCUGAAGCUUCCUCAGCUACAGGACCUGCUGACUGUCCCCUGCAGACCAUCCUGGUGGUUCUGGUUCAGCUGUGCCAUCCUCUGAGCUAACUAUCAAUAUCUCUGACCUUCUGGCUGAGUCUGCACUGCUACUGAGGACACGUGGUUGAUCACUCUUCACCUGCUCUAAUACAGCAACCAGUUAACCUAAGCUGGUCAGCAUGGCUGACAGCACCAAGAAUCCUAUCUGCAUCACAGAAAUUAAACAUUUUUUUUUUGUCCUGUUAAACAUGAAGGUUAUGCAGACACAAAGGGUGAAAUGUGACAUUCUGGUUAUGCUAAAAUGAUGGUCACCUCCCACCAAGGGGCUUCUCUGAAAAUUCAACCAUACUCCGCUUCCAGGUAUCUUUCCCUGUAAAUAAAUUAACUGAACAUUGCUCAAGUCACACCCACGCUUAUUAAUGCCCCAUCCACAGCUGGACCCUGGGAGCUCACAGCUCAUCCUAUCCUCUAAAAGAAACCCAUCAUCAAUACAGCCGUGGGGAAGUGCUGUCUGUUCUCAGCACACAUCGACACCAACCAUGAAUGCUCAGGACCCCUACUAAAGCUUGUUAGACCAAGUUCAGGAAUAGUUUUAACUAGACAUAGGCAUAAAGUUGCUAACUGAAGUUUUCCUUGGUACAUUUAAAGCAAAAAAAUGUUACUUUAUUGUACAACAUACAGCUAAGUAUUUCCUUUUUACUACACUGAAUAU